AGAUUCCACUCCAGCAUAAUAAUUAAUGGGAAAAUCAAAAGGAAAAUAUCAACCUCCAAAAAAUGGGCAUGCAAACAAAGGAUCUCCAAAGAUCGAAGCAGUGGAAGAAAAACAGUUGGAGCAGAAAGAGUUGGAACCCAUAUUUGAUCUUCAAUGGCACUCUUACAUAGCUCUAGGACUAUUCGUUAGCGUCUAUCUUAAGUGUACAUCAGCUUCAAUCCCUAGUGGGGAUGCAGGAGACUUCAUCAUGGCGGCGCAACAUUUCGGAGUAGCGCACCCUCCAGGGUACCCUCUCUACGUAACAGCUGGAUACGUGUGGAUGAAACUUAUGCCUUUUGGAAACCCUGCUUUCAAGCUCAACGUUCUCACUAGUUUCAUUGGUGGUUUAGCUGCUUUUGUUGUUUACCUCACCACGUAUAAGAUCACCAAGUUCAUCCCAAGCGCGGUGUUUGCAAGUACAGUUUUUGGUUUCUCCCAUUUGAUCUGGUUUCACUCAGUGGGAGCUGAGAUAUUCUCCCUUAACAACUUGUUUUGUUCUCUACUUCUAUACUGGGUUGUCAGGUUUCAGCAGGCUGACGUGUCAAACAGAGCAAGGGUAGCAAUGGAGGCAAGUUUCUUAUCUGGUCUUAGUAUGUGCAAUCAACAUACCAGUGCAUUAUUCAUUGUAGUUAUAGGUGGUUGGAUGUUCUUAUCUCUUCUAAAAGAUAAGGCGAUAACAAUGCAACAGUUUCUGCAUACAGGAGUGGCAUUUGGAGCAGCACUGACACCUUACAUACAACUCCCUGUUAGUGCCUACUUUGCUAAAGCACCUAGCACAUGGGGCGAUCAGCGCACUGUAGCAGGUAUCUGGAAGCAUGUUGCUCGAGAAGAGUAUGGAACGUUCAGGUUAACGGCUGAUGACAAUACUUCUGGGGAUCUGUUUGCAAACAUGGCAACGUACACAAGUGAUCUAGUACACGAACUAACCAACAUAACACUGGUUCUGUGUUUACUGUGUGUAGCUACUGCUUGGUUCUUUCCUCGUAUCAGAACUGUAGUGUACGUGUACGUAGCAAACAUAUUUGUGUACAUGAUGUUCUUCUGUAACCAAGCCAACAUUGAUCACUCAAGAGAGCUCAUGAAGGGUGUACUGGAACGGUUCUGGAUGCAGUCCAACAUCCCUGUCAGUAUUCUAGCCGGGUGUGGUAUUUGGUGUCUGUACUCUCCGAUAAAAGGAAAAUGCAGCAGUCUUGGAACUGUGUUAUACUAUGGGUUGGGAGUUGGUGCUCUGAUUAUGGGAGCUUAUCAAAUUCGAGAAAACUACACAAUAUGUGACAUGAGCAGUAACUUAAUCAUGAGGGAUUACGGAAGGAAACUCCUGGACGCUCUCCCUGCAAACGGAGUUCUUCUAGUUGAGGGGGACAUGCCAUCCCUUACAUCCAGGUAUUUGCGGUACUGUGAGAAUUACAGACCGGAUGUGGAUGUUGUGGAUCAAGAACUAAUUGGGUUUAAUUGGUACAAACCAAUGCACAAACACAACUUUAGGCACUACACUUUCCCUUACGACAGAGAGGUUUACUUUAAGAACGUGCUGGCACGUAAAGGUGACAACAUUCCUUUUUCUUACAACUUCCAGACGGUAUUUGAUGUACACACUCAAGCUGGGGUCCCACUCUACAUAUACCCGUUUAUGAAGCAGGGGGAUGAGGGUUAUAAACAAUUCUACGAUUUACUGCCAACUAACAUGCUUUACGAAGUUCGACACAAACAAAACUCGUACACGGUGGAGGAGUUCUUGGACAUAGCUUACGAACAAGAUUACAACUUUAACGAUAACAUGGCGUACUGUGACGGGUCUUUAUAUCCAGUUCGUAGCUGGGAGUACGUGAUAGCAGAAUCUUGUGGACACACCGCCUUCUUCCCGGCCGAACACGCUCACAGAAUGAUAACCAUCGAAUCUAACGCCUACCUGCAACCCAAAAACCUGCCAAUUCUUGUUAGGAUAUUCAAGCUUUAUAAACGUGCGUACGACACAUUAAUUACAAAGAGUGAAGACGGUGUGAUUAAGAAUCUCUUUGCUGCUGAUCACAACAAAAACUACGGUGUUAUCUGCUACCUUAUCUACAACAACCUGGCUGGUUCGGCUGACCGAGUAGAAGCUGGAAAGUAUGCCAAAAUAAUGGUGGAACAGUGGGAGACAUACUUCGUGAGAAUCCCAAAAGAGGACACGGACGGUCUUACGCGGGUUAUAGACGACGUUUAUCAGAAAUAUCCCGAUAUAAAAACUAAUCAGAAGUAUGAAAUGUAGAGGAGGUGUGGGACUGAAAGUGGGGGAGGAGUGCACGCUUGUGUUGUCACGUGAUUAAUCAUAGCUAAUUUGGCAUUUUACCAAGAUUCGAGGAUUUUUUCGAAGAAAUAUCGCGUCGACUAUUUUUCUACAUUUACAUUCGUUUGGGAAGAGUGACAAUCACUUUAUUAUGUACAUUAAGGUAUUUAGGUAUUUAUUUUCAUCUUGUGUUAAAUAAUGUUAAAUUAGUUCAUGUCCUACGAUAAAGGUUGAAAAUCAUGAGGAAAAUCAAUUUAUUUAUUCAUAACCACAGUCUACUCACAGUGUUACCACCACGUGACCACGUGACCACGUGACCACGUGACCACGUCUUUGCUGGAGGUCACUAAGCUAUCAAAACUAGUUCACAACGCGUAGUAAACUAUUACUUGCUAGCUCCACUGUGUACAAAUACAAUAUCACAGUCGAUAUCACCUCAUUGUAAAGUCUUCACUCGUUACUGAACUACUAAUAAAAGUAACAACAUUUGGUCCAGAUUUAAAAGCAAGGGAUUGUUCACUUAUUACGUCUGCCAGCUCAAGAGAGAGUUGGAAAAGUUAACGAUAGUGUAAUUUCUACACAAUAUUUAUGUAUAAUGUAUAAUGUGGAUGUGCCUGCGUAAUGUGUGAACGAUCCCUGUCAUUUACCGAUUUGAUGUGUCCGUGAAAAUGUUAUUAUCAGCCACACGCAAUCUCUCAUAUCUUUGAAGACUACGUUUGUUGUAUGCCACAAGUAAGGGCGUUGUUAACUUGUUUGCUACCUAGUUGAGUGUCCUGCUAGUUGAGUGUGUACCACAACCUAGCAUCCUGCCUAAACGUUCGGAACUCCCGGACCUAUGUGGCAAGCCUGCUCCCUGAACAAAAAAUAAAAAAUACCGUUAUUUAGUUUUGAAACCUUUACAGUUUACUUACAUUCUCAGAAAUUGUGUUGACAAGGGUUUAAUUAAAUGUGUGUUUGUUUUUGUGUAAUAAUGUUAGGGUUACAAGCGUUGUUGUUUUUUCGUUUCACUUUUAUUAGUUUACCAAUGGAGUAGCGCCACGAUCAUCAGAAUUUGUAUGUUUGAGUGAUUUUAAAUUUCAGAUUUGAGUGAGAUUAAUUUCCCAUGAUCUAAAGGUUUUGUGAUGUAUACCUAGAAUAAUAUGUUGUACAUCUAUGAUCUAAUUCUAAGCUAUUUUAUGUUGCUGAUCAAAGCUGAAUGUUUUUUAAGUUAUGGAUGAAGAAGUUACUGUUAUUGAUGGGAAAAACUUACUUUAUGUAUCAGAAUUAAGUUAGUUAGUCAUCAUUACACAUUAGAUAUUUUAUUAGAUUAGAUACAAAAUAUGAAUAUGAUAUAAUUGAUGGUGUUGAUAUUUAAUACAAUUUUCCUAUUGUUAUACUUUUAUGUUAUAGAAUAGAGCAGAAUUGAAGCCUAAAUUAUUUACCCUACGAAGGACUUGUGUAUGUGGCGAUCUUAUCUAUAAAACCUUCGCUCAAAGUUC